UGCAAUCUUGCGGUGAAGUUUACCUUUCUUGCGAUAGUUUCCUCGAGGAUAAACGAGGGAUCCUACGAAAUUCCACUGGGUUGGCCCGCGACUGAAAUCGACAGCGUUGGCGCCGAAUAUUUACUCGUCGGCGUCCAAAGGAAGAAUUUCCAAAACGUUCCAGGCUUAGCCACACGACGGCAGAUUCGACAAACCUUUCAUCUUCAAAAAAUUUAAAAUGGAAAGUUCUAAAGCAGUCGCAACAAGAGACAUCCUCUAUGGCAAUAAUCGAGCCAACCCUUCACAGCCUUUUAUUCGAAAGAGUCGACCGUCAGGUCGACUCGAUCGAAGGAAAGGAGAACAUUGUUUACACAAUCGAAGCUGGCGUGAACAACCAAACGAAAAUGGAAACGACGGAAAAUAUUGGAAUCGAACCCCCGACUCUGAGUACAUGUGGCCUGUUUGAUGAUCUAGAUAUACUGCAUUCUCUGAAAGAUACUGAAAGUUUGGACGAGAUUUGUCCAGAAGAUGCCAAAAGCCCUCUUGGCCUCCUUGACGAGUUGCACAUCAAAUCAGAGCAAGGGAGCCUUCCACUAGAAAAUUUACUGGACCUGGGCGAGUCAUCUAGCUGUCUGGACAAUCCAUUCUUUGAGCAAUUCAUGGAUCUCGACCAGCUGUUUCCAGAACUGCCCCUUCUUGACACUCUGAAUUUGGAGUUUGAAGUGGAUCAGACCUCCCAGGUCACUGCUUCAGACAUUUGCCAGUCAGAUGUAGUGACAGUGGUGACUGGGAGUAGCGGGCCCGAGUACGUGGAAGUGUCUUCCCCUGGUAGUGAAGUUAUUGAUGUUGUUUCACUUGAUAACGACGCUGAGGUACCCAUAUCAACAGAUGACUUAUCUGAUGUUGCUCUCUCUCCAGAGAGUGUUGUAGAUGUCACAUCUGUGGAAGAAGACUCUGCUAGUCUUGCAUCAAGUGCUUGUCAUGCCACCCUUGACUGUGACUUAGCUGAACACACUUGUGAAGAGAUCACCGUGAUUCAGACAUCUGAUGCCUUGACUCUCUUGACGCAAGAAUUGAUGCAGUCUUCCUCAUAUGCCAGUGGUCUCUUGAUGACCCCUUCAGAGGAACAGCAAUUGGUCAAAGACUCUGAAAGCUUGACAACUAUGACAGUUGACUUGGAUGAACUUUUCUCUUUCUCACAUUCUCUUGGACUUGCUGACAGUUUAGUUACACCUAGUGUCGAUGAUGCAUGCAGUAGUAGUGAAAGUGUUGUAAGUUUGUCAGAAAAUCCUGUGAAAGCUCCAGCUAAACUGAAGAGAAAGAGUCCAUGUUCUUCAGAAUGCACUAGUUCACCUGCAAAGAAGGUAAAGUUUGACGAUGCCAGCAAAAUCAGCAUUGCAGAUGUUCUUGACAAACGAACAGUACGGAGAUUGAAGAAUAACGUUGCAUCAAAACAUGCUCGUGCUGCCAGGAAGCAGAAAGAACAAGAGUUGUUUCAGCAAGAAGAGGAAUUAAUGAAAAGCAAUGCGGAGUUGCGAAAGCAACUUGAGGAACUUGAAAAGCUUACAGCUACGAUGAGGAAAGUUCUUGUACAAAAAUUAAGUGGGGUGGCUUGUCCAGUGUAAAGAAAAAAAAAUGAAAAAGUAUGAGCAUUGAUAGUAGAAGCAAAAAAACAAAAACGAUAAAAAAAGUGAAAGAUAAAAAAAAAGUUAGAAAAAAAAAAUUGUGGUAAUCAUUUUCCGUCACGCUUUCAAGUGAGCAAUUUUGUAACUAUACUCAUUAUUUACCCAGUAUUUUAGCAUUCAUAAGCUAUGUGAUUCAGCUAUAUAAAUUAAUACAUUUUUAAUAAUUGUAUGUAUCUGAGUGGGAAAUAAACAAGUUAACAAUGUA